GAAAUCCGGUGCCACGUGCUGCCAGCAGUGCUGCGGGGCUCCUACGUGUGCUCAGCCGGCGUGCAGAUGGAUUCCCGCUGCGACUACACCUGCCUGCCUGGCUACCAGCUGGAGGGCGACCGCAGCCGCAUCUGCAUGGAGGACGGGCACUGGAGCGGGAGCGAGCCACUCUGUCCCCGCGUGAAGGACGCUGCGGACGGCGUUAUCAAGAGGGUGACACUGCGGGGCCCAGAGCCCGGCUCUGAAUUCCCCGAAGGAGAACACAUCAUCCGCUACACCGCCCAUGACCAGGCGUACAACCGAGCCAGCUGCAAGUUCAGCGUCCGUGUCCAAGCCAUGCAGAUCAACACGGCUGUGAACUCAGCCGCCAGCCUGCUGGACCAGUUCCACGAGAAACGCCGCCUCCUCGUCAUCUCAGCUCCCGACCCCUCUAACCGCUACUACAAGAUGCAGAUCUCCAUGCUGCAGCAAGCCACCUGUGGGCUGGACCUGCGUCAUGUCACCACUGUGGAGCUGGUGGGACAGCCCCCACACGAGGUGGGACGGAUCCGGGAGCACCAGCUGUCCCUUGGCAUCAUCGAGGAGCUCAGGCAGUUCCUGCACCUCACCCGUUCCCACUUCAACGCGGUGCUGCUGGACAAGGCGGGCACCGACCGUGAGCGCUACAUCACCCCUGUCAGCCCCGACGAGCUCUUCGUCUUCAUCGACACGUACCUGCUGAGCGAGAGGGAGGCAGCACGGCGGGCACAGA